AGGUAUUUGUGUAUGAUCAGAACUUGGUAGCACCUUGACAUGUUCAUUUGAACAGUUGGCGCGCCAAAUUCAGCCAAUCAGCAGGCCGCAACUACUCACGUGGUCUCGAAGGAAACCAAUGAAAUGAUCGUCUAGCCCCAUGCCUCUGAACUUGAGUAGGUACCUGAACCUUUAUAGGUAGGCUUCAAGUUCAAGUUCAGGCUUCACUGGUGCCAGCAACAGAAAGGAAGGAGGAUCUGUGAAAGUGGCGUGCCAGCCCACCAGCUUUCUCAGUUUCUCAGUUUCUAAGUUUCUGCGUCACAAUAAAAAACGUCUCAUCCUUCAUGUAAAUUGAGGGGUGAUUCGGGCAAGUCCCCCGUCCUCUCGACAAGCAAGAGGAACUAAAGCUAAGGACGCGCUACAGUAGUGACCUUGCUGUACAUUCCAUUGUUGGUCAAAAUGAUGCAGCGUUCAGACUUAAAAAGCAGGUGGGUUGUACUUGUGUUGACGGCCGUCAUCCUCGCGGGCAGUUACUUCAACUAUGAUGGGCCGGCAGCCCUCAAAGCUCCCCUGCAGGAGACGCUGCACCUGAGCGACACCCAGUACAACCUGCUGUACUCAGUCUACUCCUUUCCGAACAUCGUCUUGCCUCUCUUUGGGGGUUUGCUGGUCGACCGUUGCGGAACAAAAGCCAGUCUGAUACUGUUCGUCAGCACUAUAGUGCUCGGUCAAGGGAUCUUUGCUGCUGGAGUUGCCCUGCGCCGCUAUGACAUUGCCUUGGUGGGGCGAACCGUCUUCGGCAUGGGAGGGGAGAGCCUGACGGUGGUCCAGACCACGAUCCAGGCAGUCUGGUUUCAAGGGAAAGAGAUGGCGUUUGCCAUGGGGCUGGGCUUGACCGUGGCCAGGUUGGGCAGCGUGAUCAACGAUUGGGUGAUGCCCGCUAUCUAUCAGUCAGGGGUGCCGGGAUUAUUGCCUCCGCUGGAGCCAGCUUCAGCACUGUCCUUUGGCUUCUUCAUCACCCUGCUGUCCCUGGGGUGCGCGCUCGCGCUGCUGCUGCUCGAGGUGCGCACCGACCGCUUCCUGGCCGCACAGCACAAGCGCGAGCAGGCGCAGCCCCUCCUCCACGACACCGCCGCCGGCGCCGAGGCGGUGGUGGAGCACAUGUCGCUGGCGGACAUCCAGCACUUCUCCGCCUCCUACUGGCUGCUCACCGUCAGCUGCGUGGUGGUGUACGCCACCAUCCUGCCGUUCAACAACGUGGCCGCGGGAGUCAUCAUGGGCAAGUACGGCGUGAGCCUGGAGGUGGCGGACCGGCUGAUGUCCAUUCCGUACCUCAUCGCGGCCUGCAUCAACCCCUUCAUGGGCACAGCUGUGGACCUCCUCGGCUACCGGGCCGUCAUGCUCACCGCGGGCGCCGCCGCCCUUGCAGCCGUGCACCUCUCCCUGGCGUGGACCAUGGUCCCCGUCGUGCUGCCGCUCGUGGCCAUGGGUCUCUCCUACAGUGCGUACGCCGCGGCGAUCUGGCCGUCCAUUGCGCUGGUGGUGGACGGCCGCGCCAUGGGGACGGCCUUUGGGCUGACGACGGCCGUGCAGAACGGCGGCAUGGCCAGCAUGCCCAUCGCGGUGGGCACGCUGCGGGACACCACCGGCAGCUACCAGGCGGUGGAGAUUUUCUUUGCGUGCGUGGCGAUGGUUGGGGUUGCCGUUGGCGUCGCUCUCAACGUGGUGAAUCAUCGAGCCGGGGGCGGGCUGAACCGUGUUGCCAAGAGGAGAGACGCGCUGGAGAAGAAGCUGGAAGCGGUCAUCCGGGAGGACCUCGAGGCGGACAGUCAAAGUCGAUAGCAGCGCUACGAAUUCGCGGAUCAUUGCCGUGACAAGGGGCUGAUCUUCAGCAUCAUGGCAUACAGAUGGGUGCAGGUGCUUUUUGGCUAUUUGACAGCGAAGGAUUGAGGUAUUGCGUGCUUAUGGUCGACCAUAGCAGAUUGGAGGAUGUAGUGGUAGAUAGUUAAAACCUGAGCCUGUGAGGAAAUGGUUGAGGAUUAAGGGAUAUGUUGAGCAACAGGUAUUGCACACCGUGACACAUGCAUGUAUCAUAUCAUUGCCUUCGGUUGAGGAGCAAAUUUGGAUUUAAGAGCUGAUCGCGUAAAGAUAGCGGACUUUAUUGUCGGGAUGUUGAGUUCGAUCUACGAUAUAGAGUACCUUGUAGCUUUGCUAGCUCGCACAAACUCACAUGCAGUGUAUGUGAUGUAGUAAUUGUUCAAAAUACAGCCAGGAUUAUCUCGCAGUUGGGCCCGGG